AGCGCAAUUUUAUAGUUUUACCACCACUAUUGUGAAACGCGCACGAAACGUUUUUAAUAGCCAAAAACAAGAAGAAAACUCGUACAAUAUUUGCAAUGUCCGAGGAUGAGGCGGGCGUGCAUCGCCUGGAGGGCACCGCCGGCCAGCCAGCACGCGGCGGCCUCGUCAUCAAGAAGUCCAAGGACAGCGGUGGGGGCAGUAAGGACGCUAGUGGCGGCAGUUUCAAAGUGCCGCAAGCAUCGUUGCUGGGCCUGGACAAAUUGGCGGCCAAACGUCGAGCGGAAAAGGCGCGCAACGAACGUCUGAUUAGCUUCAAGGACACCGAGUACGAUGAUGGCCAACACACUCCCAGCACACCCAAUUCCUCUGUCAAUGUCAGUGAGUUUGCAUUCAAGAAACCCGAUACCAAAAGCUUUGAGAAACUGAGUCGCCAGCUGCGCGAGCACAAAGACGAGACGCCCUCGCACACUGGCGGCGUCUCGGAGAAGGCACGCGAACGUCUGCGCGAACACAUUCAGCGUGAUCGCGAACGGCACAAAGGUGGCGAUGGACGUGACCGGGAGAGAGAUCGUGAUCGCGACCGUGAUCGAGAGCGAGAACGGGAUCGUGACCGGGAUCGCGAACGGGAGCGUGAACGGCAGCGACGCGGCGAUGAGCGACGCAAGCGAGCACGCGAUCAGGAUAGGCGACGCGACAGGCAUCGAGAUCGCUCCGUGUCCGUGCGCAGCGAGCCGGGGACGCCAGGCAGCACCACCGGCGGCGGUGGGGUCUCCAACAGCUCCUGGGAUGACGACGAUCAUCAAACGGGCAUCAAAUCGGACUGGGAUUUGCCCACCCCACGUUCCGGCUACGGCAGCAGCAGCGAUUGGAGUCGCUCCGAGCGCAGUCACAGUCGCUCGCGUCCCCCGCCAAGCAGUCGUCGUGGCCAGCAGACGGAUGACACGACGCGUGCAACACCCGCACAUCGCUACAAUCAAUGGGCACACGAUCGCAAGCGUAGUGGAGCGACACCCGCCUGGUCCGGCGAUGCCGAGUCACGGGAUCUGUGGGAGGAGGAGCAACGGCGUUUGGAUCGCGAAUGGUACAACAUCGAUGAGGGCUACGACGAGGAGAACAAUCCGUUUGGCGGCAGCAAUGCCGAUUACUUCCAGCGACGCGAGGAGCAGCUGGAGCAGAAGCGCAAGAAACGCAUCAGCGCCCAGCAGCGACAGAAUAAUCGCGACAACGAGCUGUGGGAACGCAAUCGCAUGUUGACCUCGGGCGUUGUCACCUCGAUCAAUGUGAGCGACGACUUCGAUGAGGAGGCGCUGGAACGAGUGCAUCUGCUGGUGCAUCACAUAGUGCCGCCAUUUCUCGACGGGCGCAUUGUGUUCACGAAGCAACCGGAGCCGGUGGUGCCGGUCAAGGAUCCCACCUCGGACAUGGCGCUGUUGGCACGCAAGGGCAGCGCCUUGGUGCGCAAUUAUCGCGAGCAAAAGGAGCGUCGCAAGGCGCAAAAGAAGCACUGGGAACUCGGUGGUACCAAGCUGGGCAACAUCAUGGGUGUGCAGCAGCCGCAGGACGAGGACGAUGCCAAAUACGACAAGGAUAACGAUACGGCCGAUUAUCGCAAAGAUCAAAAGUUUGCCGAUCACAUGCGCGACAUGCAGGAUCACAAAUCGGGAGGCGGCAAAUCGGAAUUCUCGCGCAAGAAAACCAUUGGGGAGCAGCGUCGCUUUCUGCCCGUGUUUGCCUCACGGCAGGAGCUCUUGAAUGUGAUACGCGAGAAUUCGGUGGUCAUCAUUGUCGGCGAGACGGGCAGCGGGAAGACGACACAGUUGACCCAGUAUCUGCAUGAGGAUGGCUACAGCAAGAGCGGCAUGAUCGGUUGCACGCAGCCGCGUCGUGUGGCCGCCAUGUCGGUGGCCAAGCGUGUCUCUGAUGAGAUGGACACCCAACUGGGCGAAGAUGUUGGCUAUGCUAUACGUUUUGAGGAUUGCACCUCGGAGCGCACAGUGAUCAAAUAUAUGACGGAUGGUAUUUUGUUGCGUGAGAGUUUGCGUGAUCCCGAUCUGGACAGCUAUGCGGCCAUUAUAAUGGACGAGGCACACGAACGUUCGCUAUCCACCGAUGUGCUCUUUGGGCUGCUGCGUGAGAUUGUUGCGCGUCGCCAUGAUCUGAAAUUGAUCGUUACGUCCGCCACCAUGGACUCGACCAAGUUUGCCACGUUCUUUGGCAACGUGCCCACAUUUACCAUCCCGGGACGCACGUUUCCCGUCGAUGUGAUGUUCAGCAAGAACGCUUGCGAGGAUUACGUGGAGUCCGCCGUGAAGCAGGCGCUGCAAGUGCACUUGACGCCCAACGAGGGCGACAUGCUCAUCUUUAUGCCCGGCCAGGAGGAUAUCGAAGUCACGUGCGAGGUGCUCGAGGAGCGUCUCAGUGAAAUCGAUAAUGCACCCGAACUGAGCAUACUGCCCAUCUACUCACAGCUGCCAUCGGAUCUUCAGGCGAAGAUCUUUCAGAAAUCCGCAGAUGGUGUGCGCAAAUGUGUGGUGGCCACCAACAUAGCAGAGACAUCGCUGACCGUCGAUGGCAUCAUCUAUGUGAUUGACUCCGGCUACUGCAAGCUGAAGGUCUACAAUCCAAGGAUUGGCAUGGAUGCCCUGCAAAUCUAUCCCAUCUCGCAGGCGAAUGCCAAUCAGCGUUCCGGACGUGCUGGACGUACAGGUCCUGGUCAGGCGUAUCGCCUCUACACCCAACGUCAGUACAAGGACGAGCUGUUGGCGCUCACAGUGCCCGAGAUACAGCGCACCAAUUUGGCCAAUACGGUGUUGCUGCUUAAAUCGCUGGGCGUUGUCGAUCUGCUGCAGUUUCAUUUCAUGGAUCCACCGCCGCAGGAUAACAUUCUCAAUUCGCUGUAUCAGCUGUGGAUUUUGGGUGCCCUGGAUCAUACGGGUGCGCUGACCACGCUGGGCAGACAGAUGGCCGAGUUUCCUCUGGAUCCGCCGCAGUGUCAAAUGCUGAUCGUCGCCUGCCAAAUGGAGUGCAGCUCCGAGGUGCUCAUCAUAGUUUCCAUGCUGUCGGUGCCCUCGAUCUUCUAUCGCCCCAAAGGACGCGAGGAGGAGGCGGAUGGAGUGCGUGAAAAGUUCCAGGUGCCCGAAUCGGAUCACUUGACCUACCUCAAUGUGUAUCUGCAGUGGAAGCAGAACAACUACAGCUCCACGUGGUGCAACGAGCACUUUAUACACAUCAAGGCGAUGCGCAAGGUGCGCGAGGUGCGGCAACAGCUCAAGGACAUCAUGACCCAGCAGAAGAUGAACGUCAAGUCGUGCGGCACCGAUUGGGACAUUGUGCGCAAGUGCAUCUGCUCCGCCUAUUUCUAUCAAGCGGCACGUCUCAAGGGUAUCGGCGAGUACGUGAAUUUGAGGACCGGAAUGCCUUGUCAUUUGCAUCCAACGUCAGCGCUCUAUGGACUGGGAACAACACCGGAUUAUGUGGUGUAUCACGAGCUGAUUAUGACCGCCAAGGAGUAUAUGCAAUGUGCCACCGCUGUGGAUGGCUAUUGGUUGGCCGAGCUGGGUCCUAUGUUCUUUUCGGUGAAGGAAACGGGACGCAGUGGACGGGAUAAAAAGAAAUUGGCCGCCGAGCAUUUGAAGGAGAUGGAGGAGCAAAUGUUGCAGGCGCAGCACGAGAUGGAGGAGCGCAAACAGCAGGCAGCACAACGCGAAGAACAACUGGCGGCCAAACAGGAGAUUGCAACGCCAGGCAAUGCAACGCCACGUCGCACUCCAGCGCGCAUCGGACUCUAG